CUCGAAGCUCACAUAAAACACAUCUUCUUAUAUCUCUUUCUUGUGUUGUUGUUCUUCCAUUUGACCUACAUGUCUGUCCUCGCUUCACAAUCCAAUUUGUCCUCUUCAUCCUUCCUUCGCUCCCUCCCUUCUCCUCAUUAAGUAAUAAGAUUGUUGCUGUUGAGCUGCAGUUUUAAGGCCUGCAGACACAUACACACACACACACACAGGAGCAGCGACCUCUGCCCCUGAGUUACAGCUCAGCCACACCUCCAGCGAUCUAUAAUCUCCCUCAGUGGAUGACAGAGUGAAGAAAACACGGAGACAGUGGUGAAGAGGCAGUGAGAGGUGUCACUUCAAUAACACAUUUUAAAGUACUCAAAGGAAGACGGCAGAAGAAAAGAAAGAAUGCAAUGGCCUGAAAGAGAGAAGAAGCUCUGGACAUAUUUCUUUACCUGUGGGAGUUGAGGAGUUUCAAGGUGAGGGCUUUUACCCUUCCCCGCUGCUUUCCUGUCAUCAUGGUGGACCUGUUCCUGAACCGAGUUCUGGUCGAGAACAACUGGGACCAGGAUGAACUCAACACUGAGCGCGAAAUCAUCGGGAUCCUGGAAAACCGCAUCGUGCUGCUGUUCUUUGCCUCCUCCGAGUGUAAAAAGUGCCAGGAGUUUGUGCCUAUUCUGAAUGAGUUUUUUAAGAGGCUGAAGGAUCCGGCCUACAUCGAAUACCCCAAACUGCUUGCACUCAUCUUCGUCAGCAUGGACCGAUCAGAGGAGCAGCAGGAGAGGCUCCUCAAAGAGAUGCACAAGAAGGUUCUGUUUCUGGCGUUUGAGGACCCGUACAGGAAGGAGCUGCAGGCCAUGUUCAAGGUAAAGGACGUUCCAACAGCCGUGGUCCUUCGUCCCGACGGCUCCGUCCUCUCCCCGAACGCCGUGCAGGACAUAUAUCGUUUCGGCUCUGACUGCUUCAGUAACUGGCAGGAGUCGGCGGAGCUCGUCGAGAGAAGCUUCAUGCUCAACGAGGAGUUUGACAACCUUAAUCUGCGUAGUGCCACCGAACCCGUGAGGAGACUUAAGUACAAGACAGAGGACGACAAGAGGAAAAAGAAAUGGUGGAAGUUGUGGGGCAAGGGCAAGGACGGAUAUAAAGAGGAAGAAGAGAAGGAUGAAGCGUGGGGUGAAGAGAGAAAGGAGGGAAAUAAAGGACCAUGGAGGAGAAGAUGAAGAGAGAGGGUGAAAGAAAAAAAUAGAAAAAAGCAAAACCUUUUGUGUUGAUCCUCUCUAGUAAAUGUCCUACAGCACAUCUUCAGGUCCUGCUUCCUGUGUAAUUCAUUUUUAGCCACUGAUACUGCAGCUAAUUCAAGAAUUAUUUCCUCUGCCUGCAGUAGCACGUACAGCAGGAUUUUUAAAAAGCCCACUGAGCAGUAGAACAUACUGUCACAGUGUGGUUGUACAGAUCACACACAACGCUGAAAGGGAAAAGAUCCAGUUGCUCGCUCUUAAGAAAUAAGCCAUGUUGCUGUUUCUACUGCUUCAUAUUGUAUUCUUCAUAUUCUGAUCAUUAUAUCAUUGAUGUGUCUAAAAUACGAUCCAAUUUAGUCUUGUCAAUUUGCCUAUAAUGUCUGCAGUUACGUUUUCAGUCAUUCGGUCAAUGUUUUCAAACACACAAACACACAUGUUCAUAACUUGUCUCUAUGAAAUUUCUUGCAAAAAUAUGCUGCCGUUUUUCUGAAUGAAUGAAGUGGGGGGUAGAUGACGCUUCUAACAGGCAACAGACGCAAAGAUGAAAAAGAGAAAAAGAAAACAAAUAUCUCUCCCGGUGAAAAAGUGGUGUCACACACAUAGAAGACACCGUCAAAGAUGUCCAGAGAGUUUGUGGGGAUAAGAGCCGACACCGGUGUCUUGCCCAUGGUCAAGAAAAUCAUGUGAUCUCUGCAGCGGAGAUAAUACGUCACUUCCUGCGUCUGCCUGCUGCAUCCAGCUGCUCCACCCGUCGCCUGAAUCCAGGAUCUGUUUCCAUUGUGAAAGCGUCUGUGCAGAGAGCCUCCUGUUUUGUUGUGCAUGUGUUAAAAGCUUUUCUGGGGAAAGGUUGAAAAUGUUGAAAAACACCCUAUCUGGCAAGAAAGUAAAAAAAAUAUUCUUGAUCUGCCCCUGAUCCAGAUCCACACCAAAAUUUGAUGAAAACAAACCAACAAACAAAAAACAAACAUAGGGGUGGAAACACAACCUUUUUGGAGGAGGUAAUAAACUGGAUCACACUACUCAGGUGGAAUAUGCUUGCUCCAAGUAGACUAAAUGAGAACUUUUUGCGAUCUCAUUAAUUCCAUAAAAUAAGAGCUGAUUUUUUUUAUGCAAUUAAAAAUGUAUCAGAAUUCUGAGAUAACAAUCUCGUUAAUUGAGCAGAUUUUAAAUUUGAUUUUUUUUCUGAAGUGAGUGCAACAUGCCCGGUACAUACAAGCACUGAUAUUUGUCGAGAGAAAGCAAUCACAUAGACCAACUCAACUAUGCAGCUCUCCACAUUCAUUUUAGCUAUUAUUUUUAUUUAAUUGUUUUCCUUUUCAGACCUGGUAACUCAUCUCAUAUAACUCCAUCUCCAGAUAUGUCAGGCAACUGUUUCGAAAACAACACCUUAAGUACAGAUGACGAUACACAGCUCUGUGCUCCUGCAGCUCUGCUGGAUGUGUAAACUGAGAACUGUUUGCCAACACUUGGUCUUAAUAUGUAACGACUGUGUGUUUCUCUGCUUAUUUUCUGUUUUAGCAUUUUUAAGCCCACAAGUGGGAAAACAAAACAAAAUUUAUUGCAGCUUUAAACUAAAUAUAGGUGCUGGUGCCUGCUGGUGUUUUAAAACUCACAUUAAUAUUUGAUUAAACACGUUAUUACUUUUGCCACUCUUUGUUAAUCAUGGUUUGUCUCCCGAGUUUUUUAUUUUGGUACUAAAUAGUUAAAUAAGUACAAGUUGUAUUGUUCUUGAAAAAGAGAAAUAAAUUCUCUUUGCUGCUAACACAAACUGUGUCUGUAUGUCACUGUCGUGGCUUUAUGGCUAAACUAUAUAACCCGAUAUUCCCUGUAGUUCUGCUCCUCUAUUACCUACUGAAUAAUAAAGGUCUCACUGUGGCUCACUUCA